AUGUAUAGGAAAGUUGUCUCCGUGAAGGGACGGCGUGCCCUUAAAUUACGGUAUGGCGCUGGGAGAGAAAACAUCACUGUACUCGGUGUUUGUAAUGCAGCUGGAGUGGCACUUGACCCUCUUAUUAUAAUCACUGGAAAAAAUAUGCAAAGUACGUGGUACGGGGACAAGGCUCUACCCAACACGUUUUACGCCAAGUCUGAAAACGGUUGGAUGGACACGGAAGUUUUUUCCACGUGGUUCGCCAAAUUCACUGAGGACGUAACAGAAAGACCAUUGUUACUGGUGUUUGAUGGGCACCUUACCCAUAUCAGCAUAUCUGUCAUUAAAAAAGCAUUGGAAGACGAUAUAAUUAUAAUGAAAUUCCCUCCACAUGUUACGGAUGUCAUGCAACCCCUAGAUGUUGCAUGUUUUGGACCCUUAAAACGUGCUUGA